UAUCGAAAUCAUCCACAGACGAACCAGCAUCGAGUAAAGUCUGUACACAUUCGAGAUGUCCUCGGGCAGCUGCGCAAUGUAAUGCGGUCUCCUCGUCCAUGCAACAAGACGGAUGAGCGAGCGAGGCGUCAAAAUCGGCCAGAGAAAUGAAAUUACUAGUAGAUGGAGUUGCAGCCGAAUAGCAAUUUCGAGAUUUUUCGUCGGUAAGAUGUGGAGGUUGACGAAGGGUCAGUACUUGAUCAGCACCACGAGGACGAGGACUGUCUUCGAAGAUACCGCCGCCACUAGCAAAUACUGAGUGAGAGCCACGUGAAGCUGUCAUGGCGUACAGCGAUUGAGCGGCUGGAUUUGCAACCGGAUCGGCUAGAUAGGCAGCAAUCACGGAUCCGGGCAGAACACCGUGAAACGACGUCACGGGUACGUCUUCUUCAUCGUCUGUUUCGUCACCUGAAGACGUGGAAUCUACAUCACCGUCACCGGAUGAAUGAGAGAAUGUGGAAUGGCGGCUCUGAUGGAAUUCCUCGUCGUCGUCUUCGUCGCCAUCGACACUUCGUUUCUUGGCCUUCUGAUUUCUGAGCAGAAGCGGUGCUGACGAUUUAGACGAGCAGAGUAAGCGAAGCAGACGAGAGUGACCGUGCGAAGCGGCACAAUGUAACGGCGUAUCACCAUACUGAUCUUGUAUACUGGAACUUGCCCCUCGUUCCAGAAGUACAUGGACUACGUCGUGAUGUCCGUGACGUGAAGCGAUCAGUAAGGAAGAUUCACCGUUCUUAUUCAAGGCGUUCACGCUGA